AGAAACGCUAGUCCAGGCGUUUAGGUCAGAACUCCUCCGGCAGCCUGACAGCAGGAGCUCGAGAGAAGCAUGGCUCAGCGGUGCCUUUGCGUGCUGGCCCUGGCGGCUAUGCUGCUCCUAGUUUUCGCCACCGUCUCCAGAUCGAUGGGCCUGAGAAGCGACGAGCAUCAGAGGGCGUCGCGAAUCCCUGCUGAGUUCAGCAAAGAGGAGCGCGUCGCGAUGAAAGAGGCGCUGAAAGGUGCCAUCCAGAUUCCAACAGUGACUUUUAGCUAUGAGAAGGCCAAUACCACAGCCCUGGUUGAGUUUGGAAAAUACAUUUAUAAAGUCUUUCCUACAGUGCUCAGCACCAGCUUUAUCCAGCAUGAAGUUGUGGAAGAGUAUAGCCACCUGUUCACUAUCAAAGGCUCGGACCCCAGCUUGCAGCCCUACCUGCUGAUGGCUCACUUUGAUGUGGUGCCUGCCCCUGAGGAAGGCUGGGAAGUGCCCCCAUUCUCUGGGUUGGAGCGUGAUGGCGCCAUCUAUGGUCGGGGCACACUGGACGACAAAAACUCUGUGAUGGCAUUACUGCAGGCCUUGGAGCUCCUGCUGAUCAGGAAGUACAUCCCCCGAAGAUCUUUCUUCAUUUCUCUGGGCCAUGAUGAGGAGUCGUCAGGGACAGGGGCUCAGAAGGUCUCAGCCCUGCUACAGUCAAGGGGCGUCCAGCUAGCCUUCGUUGUGGAUGAGGGGGGCUUCAUCUUGGAUGAUUUCAUUCCCGACUUCAAGAAGCCCAUCGCCUUAAUUGGUGUCUCAGAGAAGGGUUCCAUGAACCUCUUGCUGCAAGUAAACAUGUCUUCAGGCCACUCUUCAGCUCCUCCAAAGGAGACGAGCAUUGGCAUCCUCGCAGCUGCUGUCAGCCGGCUGGAGCAGACACCAAUGCCUAUCAUAUUUGGAAGUGGGACACUGGUGACGGUAUUGCGGCAAAUGGCAGAUGAGUUUCCCUUCCCUGUCGAUAAAAUCCUGAGCAACCCACGGCUAUUUGAACCCCUUAUAACCAGGUUUAUGGAGAAAAAUCCCUUAACCAAUGCAAUAAUCAGGACCACCACGGCACUCACCAUAUUCGAAGCAGGGAUCAAGGUGAAUGUCAUCCCCUCAGUGGCCAAGGCUGCAGUCAACUUCCGGAUUCACUCUGGACAGACAGUCCAAGAGGUCCUAGAACUCACAAAGAACAUUGUGGCUGAUAACAGAGUCCAGUUCCAUGUGAUGACUGCCUUUGACCCCCUCCCCAUCAGCCCUUAUGAUGACAAGGCCUUGGGCUACCAGCUGCUCCGCCAGACCAUACAGUCCGUCUUCCCGGAAGUCAAUAUUACUAUCCCAGGUACUUCUCUUGGCAACACAGACAGCCGAUUCUUUACAAACCUCACCACUGGCAUCUACAGGUUCAAUCCCUACUAUCUACAGCCUGAAGACUUAAAACGCUUCCAUGGAGUCAAUGAGAAAAUCUCAGUCCAAGGCUAUGAGAACCAAGUGAAAUUCAUCUUUGAGUUGAUACAGAAUGCUGACACAGACCAGGAGCCAGUUUCUCACCUGCACAAACUGUGAGGUCAAGGGGCCUGCUGGGUUAGGCAUGCCCGACCCCGGGCCAGGGCUAACCCAAGGGGGAAAGCCAGUGUUGAUGAAACUUUUGAUUAAAACCACAUUGUAAAACAUUGCCCAUCUGUCUUGCUCACUCUUAAACUCACCCAAGAACAAGGCCAGGGGUAAGGUAAAGUCAGCAGAAAUCUGGCUUCUCCCUUCCUCCUGAUAUCUGCAUCCUUUGAUCCACUGGCAUUUGCUGCCUUCUUGU